AUGGGAGUGACGAAUAGUCUUGAUUCUACGGUAGCCCAAGCCUACGCAAAAGAGCUCGAGGGGCAAAUCUAUGACCAAGUGACAUCGAAGGAUGAAUAUGAUACUGCUUGCACCAAUAAAAUAAAUGAGCUGAAGCAGCAGAGCCCUCUUGUUGAGUCAAGGGCAUCUGAACCUGAAGCAGAUGGGUUGUACCUCCAGGGCCCAGACUAUGGACCAUACCGGAAAGCAACCUUCUACAAGCAUGGUCGUUUCUCUAGCGUGUUCAAAGCUGUUGAUAAGGAUCAGGUUGAUGAUAUGGAUGCGCCAACAUCAAACCUCGUAGCUCUGAAAGUCACAACGCCAUCUGCAAUGACUCCGCCACACGAUUCCGAGCGAGAAGCUAGAAUUCUCCAGGAAGCCAGAUCUGAGUCUGUCAUCCAACUCCUCUCGACUAUGUGGCAACCUGGUGGCCGCCUGGUCCUUGUCUUUCCUUUCGUACCGGUGGACUUAGAGACAUUGAUGCAAAGCUCAUCAGUGGAGCAAAAGGAUGUGAAAAGUAUAGCUCGUGAUUUGUUUAAAGCGUUGUCCCAUCUGCAUUCUCUACAGAUCAUCCAUCGUGAUGUGAAACCAUCCAAUAUACUGCUUCGAUCACAGACCGGCCCUGCCUAUCUUGCCGAUUUUGGCAUUGCUUGGUCGCCAAAUGAUCCAGCUUCCGAACCCGCUCAGGAGAAGAUCACUGAUGUGGGAACAACAUCGUACCGCCCACCAGAGUUGCUGUUCGGAUACAAGGCAUAUGACACGUCACUCGAUCUUUGGGCAGCUGGCUGCACGGUCGCUGAGAUGAUCCGACCUUACCAUCGAAGUAUCUUUGAUGCAGGAGAUCUCGGGAGUGAGCUCGCAUUGAUCAGAUCCAUCUUCUCGACAUUGGGCACUCCAGACGAAGAGUCGUGGCCUUCAGUCAAACAGUUUCCCGACUGGGGCAAGAUGCGGUUCGUCGAUUAUCCUGCGAAGCCUUGGUCAACGAUUCUCGACGGCGCUAUCGAUCUGGAAGUGGAAUUUGUGAGCAGUCUUGUUCAAUAUGAGGCUACUCGGAGGAUGACCGCGGCUCAGGCUCUGAGCCAUACGUUCCUGAAAGAGGUCCUAUGA